AUGGCCCUAUUCAAGUCAAUAGCUAUAAUUAUGGGCAUACAAAUCUUUGGUUGGAUGUUUUCAUUAACUGCUUAUAAUUUAGUGGAUAAUGGAGUUUUUAGUAAUUUUAGUAGCGAUACACAAACAUUAAUUAAUUUGGGAAUUAAUUGUGUUAGCUCUCUGAGUUCGACAUGUGAAGUACCUGCACUUUUUCUAUCAAGUUCUGAACAUCGCAAAGCUUUAUUUAAAACUUUUGGUUAUGAGAAAAAGUCAACUUCAGUUAUGGUUGUGAAUCGAAAUAUAAUGGUCUCAACUCAAAUAAUGGCUAGUUCCCAAGUAGCACCAAUCCGUGUUGGAUAA